UCUACAAUCAAUCUGUCAUUUUAAAUUUUAUUCGUAUUGUAUAUUGUAUUGUUGUUAUUUAUUAGAUUUCUGUUUCUCACAGGUACCUAAUCUGCUUAAUAUUUAAUUCAAGUGAAUAUUUGUGUGUUCAUAAAUACAAGUAAAGCCCUUAUUCAUCUAAAAAUGCAUGAUACUCAUCUUGCGUUAAACAUCUCCAAAGCUUUACAACAACUGGAGAGUGUUAAAGCUGCUGUGGAUCAAAGUAAUGAUCCUAAGUUAAAAGCUGCUACUAAUGAAGAUCUGAACAUGUUGAUAAACUUGUUGGACAGCCCCAUUCUGAGGAGCAUUGCCACAUUACAUGAUUCAGUGGGAAUGCUCGCCACCCAAGUUGCACAUCACCCUUCAAUUCUUCCCGGAGACUUUGAUAUUACACCAGCAGGUGAACUAGCCCUGCAGUCCCGCAACUUGUAUGGUGGCCACGAGGGGGAGGAGGAGCAGCGCGUGCCGCAGGUGUCCCCGCCGCACAGCCUGGACUUCGGCUCCGACAAUGAGAGGAUCCUCGGACUGGACUCUGGCUCUGUUGACUCUAGCUUGUCACCGCAACAGAACCGUGGCAUCCUGGACUUGUCAUCAAGGACUGAAGACUCCUUGGCAUCAGCAUCACACAACAUAGUAGUGGGUGACUGGGCUCAGGUGGAAAUCAUCAAUUUGGUCAAUGAUGGCACAGGGCUUGGAUUUGGCAUUAUUGGUGCAAGGACAAGCGGAGUGAUAGUGAAGACUAUUCUGGCAGGAGGAGUAGCCGACCGCGACGGCCGCCUACGAUCUGGAGAUCACAUUUUGCAGAUUGGAGAUGUGAGCCUGCUGUCGAUGGGGUCGGAGCGGGUGGCGGGCGUGCUGCGCGCAUCGGGCACGCGCGUGCGGCUCGUGGUGGCGCGCGCCGUGGACCCCGCCGCCGCGCACGCCGCGCCCGCGCCCAUCGUGCCCGCCAGACUGCUAUCAGACCCCGAGGCGCUGGACCGCUACCUGCUAGAAGCGGGGUGCGAGCAGGUGUUCAACACGCAGCCCACGCCGCCGCUGGCAAACAACCAGCGGUUCCACUUCGACGACUCGCUCACCACGCCGGUGGAUAGUGAUGCGGAGUCACCUGAGGUUGACAGAUUCACGGUGCAACUGAAGAAAGAUGAAAAUGGACUGGGGAUUACUAUUGCAGGCUACGUCUGUGAGAAAGAAGAGCUAUCUGGCAUAUUCGUCAAGUCAGUGACAGCGGGCAGUGCGGCCGCCCUGAGCGGCGCCGUGCGGGUCAAUGACCGCAUCGUGGCUGUUGACGGGGUCUCAUUGGCGGGGAAGUCCAACCAGAGAGCUGUAGAUGCGCUGAAGCAGAGCGGCAACGUGGUCACGCUGGAGUUGGAGAGAUACCUCCGCGGCCCUAAAUACGAGCAACUCCAACAAGCGAUAGCGGCGACGGAGGCGGCCCCCCCCGCGCCCGCGCCGCCCAACCCCUUCCUGCACAUGCACCGCCCCGACAACGCGCCCGAGCAGGGACCCGUUGUAACUACUAACAUUACAGAGCCAGUAAGCAUAGAAGAAGAAGAGAGUCGUUCGGGGGCUAACUCCCGCGCGACGGAUGUCGCUCGCCCGACCAGAGUACACCCCCCGUUCGAGAUGCCACGCACGCAGGAGCAAAAAGACGCUAUUAAGAAGAAAUGGCAAGCUAUCUUGGGUGAUGACGUGGAGAUCGUGGUGGGCAUAGUGGUUCGCGGCGGCGGCGGGCUUGGGAUCUCGCUAGAGGGCACUGUCGACGUCGAAGGCGGACGAGAGGUUCGUCCGCAUCACUACGUGCGCUCGGUACUGCCUGAAGGGCCGGUGGGGCGCGCCGCCGUGCACCGCCCGGGGGACGAGCUGCUAGAGGUGAACGGUCACCGGCUGCUCGGCAUGAAUCACCUGGAAGUGGUGUCGAUCCUGAAGGAGCUGUCGUCGGAGGUGUGCAUGGUGUGCGCGCGCCCGCGCCCGCCGCCGCCGCAGCUGGCGCCGCCCGCCAACACGCUCGUCAAGGCUAAAUCCGACGGCAGUCUAGCGGGUGCAGGAGCCGACGAGGGCGGCGCGCUGGGCUCCGGCGGCAAGGCGCGCUCGCGCAGCCUGGAGCCGCUCACCGGGCUCGCCAUGUGGGCCGAGGAGCCGCAGGUCAUCGAGCUGGUGAAAGGCGAGCGCGGGCUCGGCUUCUCGAUCCUCGACUACCAAGACCCGCUGCGGCCGGCGCACACGCUGGUGGUGAUCCGCUCGCUGGUGCCGGGCGGCGUGGCGCAGCAGGACGCCAGGCUCAUCCCCGGCGACCGCCUGCUGUUCGUCAACGACCAGAACCUAGAGAAUGCGAGCUUAGAGCAGGCGGUGGCAGCUCUGAAGGGUGCUCCACGGGGCGUGGUGCGCAUCGGAGUGGCCAAGCCGCUGCCGCUGGCCGACGCGCCGACGCACCCCGCCAGCCUCGACACAGAUUAGAUGUAUUACCGGUAACUUCUUUUUAAUUUAGUUUUUGACACCUUCCGGUAUUUUGAAUUUUGAAAUGGAAUUAUGUUCGUGCUCAUUUUCGUCGAAUUUCGAGACAUAGGUAGGCUGUAAAUCCGGUUGAAUUCAGAACCUCUAUGAAUUCAACUUGGUAUUUUUAAUCCUUGACAAUGUAGAGUCGCUGCAUAUAAAAUAAUACUAGCUUAAUCCGACUGUAUCCGAAAUAAUAGUGACUUAUAGAGUUAAACAAUUAAACUGAUUGACUUUAUGAUUUUAUCAAUGUUCAAUUCGGAAGCCAAGUGAAUUUUUUGUGCAUCC